CGCAUCAUCAUCACCCAAUUGCUUCCAAAGCAACCUCCAAUCACAUUCGUUCAGCGCCGAGGCUCGGCGUCUGGUGCUCUCUUUCGCGGCGGCUCUAUUGCGUCUCACUUCCUGUGCAGGACGACUCUCAUCACACAUACACACCCGAGCCGCCUUCUCCAUGACUACCGAGGGUCUUGGCCGAGCCAUGCCCCGUUCUUGAAACAUGGCAUACAUAGCUCCCAUUCAUCGCCCCAACAGCGUGCGUUAUGCUCUCCGCAUCAAGCUGUACCCCGAUGAGGAUGAGUGCCUUGUGAUAGCCAAGACGAACCGUCUCGAGAUCUGGAAGAGCACCGAAGAGGGCACCAUAGUCUUUGCGGAUAGCAAACAGGUCAACGGAACAAUAUGCUUCAUACAGAAACUCAACCCGCGCGACGAGGAGACGAACUUGCUCCUCGUCGGCACCGACCGGUUCCACUACUUCACUGUCGGCUGGGACUCGGCGCUAUCCCGGCUCACCACGAUACAGUCGUUUUUCGAUAAGGAAGAGAAGCACAUGCGUGAUGCCCAGAGCCAGGACAAGUGCAUAGUUGACCCCACAGGACAGUUCAUGGUGAUGCUGCUAUGGGAGGGCGUGCUCAACGUGCUCAGGCUGUACAAGACCAGAACCAAGCGCCUUGAACUGGACUGGAGGGAGACGGCACGCAUCUCAGAGCUCUUCAUUCGCUCAGCGACGUUUUUGCACUCAGAGACCGGCCAUCCCCAGAUCGCUUUUCUCUACCAGACGCGUACCGACAUUCCAGACGCCCAUAUUGUCAUCUAUAAGCUCUUCAAGGACGACAAGAACACCGAGGCGUCCCGGUUCGAGCAGCGUGAUAGAGAGGACUUCUUUGAGGUCGCAGACCCCGGAGCCGCCAUUCUGAUUCCCGUCGGCAAGGGCGAAGAAGAUCAGAAACGAUAUGGCACGCGGAACCCGCUGCAUGCCCAGGCGCAACUCGGCGGGUUCAUUGUGGUGUGCGAGACUCGUCUAGUCUACUACGACCAUGCUGCGAAGAAGAAGAUCCAAUUCCCUCUAAAGGAGUCCUCUAUAUUCGUCGCGUGGGCCGAGUACGACGUUUCUCACUAUUUCGUUGGCGACGACUACGGCAAUCUUUGGCUUUUGGAAAUACUUCUCGACGGUGCUGUAGUGACGGGUAUAGAAAUGGCCAAGCUUGGCGUGACAUCCCGCGCCAGUACACUGGUCACUCUCGGGAACAAUCUUCUCUUCGUCGGCUCUCAUUAUGGAGAUUCCCAAGUCUUCCUGGUUGACAUCGAGGCGAAGUCGCUACAACUGACCCAGACACUUGCAAACAUCGCACCUAUUCUCGACCUGAGCAUAAUGGACCUCGGCAACAGGGAGGGCGACGGCCAGACCACCAAUGAGUACUCUUCAGGACAAGCAAGGAUAGUUACAGGCAGCGGUGCGCACAAAGAUGGAAGUCUGCGAAGUGUCCGCAGUGGCGUUGGACUAGAGGAUAUAGGCAUCCUCGGCGAGAUGGAGAACAUUCGUGGAGUCUAUGCACUCAAGUCCCACGGUUCCGGGAAGGAUGACACCUUGGUGGUCUCGUUCCUCACGGAGACACGAGUCUUUUCAUUUGAUGCCGACGGGGACGUUGAGGAGCUCGGUGAUUUCAAAGGUCUGACGCUUGAUGCGGAAACACUCUUGGCCCGAAAUCUGCCUGGCGGACUAAUGCUGCAGGUGACUUCUCAAGGUGCAUACCUCCUUAAUCUGGAGGGUGGCAUGGUUGAAGCAACGUGGAAGCCCUCGGAGGGUAGCAUUACAAGUGUAUCCGCCAACAACGAACGGAUCCUCUUGUCCGUCGACGGCGGAUUACUGCAAGCCCUGCGAGUUCAAGGUCUUACUCCGGGCGAGUCAAGCAACAUGGGCAAGAAGGACCAAGUUGCCUGCAUUCACCUUCCUGAACAAUAUCCGAACAUCGGCGUGGUCGGCUUCUGGUCUUCGGGGAGCAUUUCCAUUGUCGACAUCGCAACUCUACAACCUUUGCAGAGUGAGUCUCUGCGACGGAAAGACGAUAACGCGUCGGUCCCCAGAGAUAUUGUUCUGGCGCAAAUCCUCCCUCCUCAAUCAGCCGGACCGACCUUGUUCGUUUCUAUGGAAGAUGGUUUUGUUUUCAGCUUCAACGUAUCAACCGAAGAUUUCCAACUCUCAGGUCGUAAGAGCAUUGUGCUUGGCACCCGCCACGCGCGACUCCAGACACUCUCUCGAGAAGAGGGCAUUUACAACAUCUUCUCCAUCAGCGAGCAUCCAAGCUUGAUAUAUGGUGCUGAGGGCAGAAUUGUAUUUUCUGCAGUGGAAGACACUUCUGCCACGUGUGUUUGUCAAUUCGACAGCGAGGCAUUCCCAGAUUCCUUGGUUGUGGCGACAGACAAAGAGCUUAAGAUCUCUGUGAUCGACUCGGAACGUCGGACGCAUGUCACCCCAUUGGCCAUGGGCGAGACGGUGCGACGCAUAGCGUACUCAAGGAGUGAGCGAGUUUUCGGACUUGGCUGCAUCAGACGAGAAAUCGUGGACAAUGAGGAAGUCGUGAGCAGUUCUUUUAAACUCGUCGACGAGGUCUCCUUUCAGAGCUUGGGCCAGGAGUUCAAGCUCGGAAUCACUCCAGCUGUGGAGAUGAUAGAGGCUGUCAUUCGCGCAGAGUUGCCUGAUUCCUAUGGGCAUCUUGUGGAGCGCUUCAUUGUUGGCACGAGUUUCGUGGAGGACGAGCAAACAAGCAAUGCGUCGCGUGACGAGAUUCGUGGCCGCCUGCUGGUUCUUGGCAUCGACAGUGAGCGGAGACCUUAUAUUGUUGCCAAGAAGAACCUCAAGGGCGCAUGUCGGGUACUCGACGUCAUGGAAGACAAGAUCGUCGCAUCUCUGGCGAAGACGGUGAUUGUUUAUUCAUAUAACGAGACUUCGACUACGACAGCCGAGCUGUCCAAGCUGGCGACCUACCGACCCGUGACCUACCCAGUUGACAUGGUCGUCGAGGGGCACACCAUAGCCGUGGGAGACUUGAUGAAGUCUAUGGUGCUGGUUGAAUUCACUCCAGCGGCGGAGGGCAAGCCUGCGAAGCUGACCGAGGUCGCGAGACACUACCAAGCUGCUUGGUCGACUGCGGUGUGCCAUAUUGAGGAUCAGACUUGGCUUGAAGCGGAGAGUGCAGGAAACCUCAUGGUCCUGAAGAAAAAUGAGGGAGGAGUCACCGUUGAAGAUCGGCACCGACUACAACUCAUUGGCGAACUGAAUUUGGGCGAGAUGGUGAACAAGAUCCGCAAGAUCACGGUCGAUGCACGUGCAAAUGCCAUUGUGGUUCCAAAGGCAUUCCUCGGAACGGUCGAGGGCGGUGUGUACAUGUUUGGCACCAUCUCGGAUAAUUACCAGGACCUCUUGCUUCGUUUCCAAACCAACAUGGCCAGCAUAACGAGUAAUCACGUUGUAGAUUUCGAGGUUGGCAGUAUUCACUUUGAUGCAUAUCGCUCAUUUAGAAAUAGCGAGCGCGAAGGCGAAGCACCUUUCCGCUUCGUGGAUGGAGACUUGCUCGAGAGGUUCUUGGAUCUGCCGGAUGAGCUGCAGGAGCAGGCUUGUGCCGGACUUGGUCCUUCUGUGGAGGAUAUGCGGACUAUGGUCGAAGACCUCAAGCAAUUACAUUGAGACCUUGCACAAAUGUGCAUAGCCAAGAUAAGAAUUUACAAGAAAAAAACAUUGUUGCUUGAGAUUUUCAAAAUUUGCCAUGAAAUUUGUGUUAAGAUGGUUGUGCACGGAUGUCUAUUCAGAGGUGCGAACCAAGAAACGAAAAAAUGGCGAUAUGUGAUUCGCACGCGAAUUAAUUUCCGCAAGAAAAACCUACAGAUAAGAAUCGCAUCACCAUUCACGUUGCCUUUGGAGUUGAUGAGAUGGAAGUUCUCAUGAUGCUAAACUUGACAUGCUGAGUCAGCAGGGCAUUUUAACCACGUGACUUAUGCCGGGCGGACCCGGCUCGAAUUGAAAUUCGAGUACAGCCAUUGGGCCGGACAGCUGGGCCCGCCGGAUUUCUAGCAGCCUGAGGCCAGCAACCCAAAGUGGCUUGGCUCAGACCAUUGCCGAAUCAUUCCUCU